AUGCUCUCGUCAAUCCACAUUGUUCCAGACAAUUGGACAUCGCCGAAUUGUUUGGGCGUAAUAGGGUUUACAGUUCAAUUCGUUACCGAAGAUCAUGCCAUCAUGGAGUUCAUACGAGAAUAUGGAAUAGCGACAAAAGUUGGAUACUUUAUGAUGGAUAAUGCCACCAACAUGAAUACCAUGAUCGACAAAGUCUCCGACGACUUGGAGCACGAGUUCGAAGUUUUCUACGAUCCUCUUCCUCACCGACUUCGCUGUUUCGGCCACAUCAUUAACCUGGCCGUGAUGGAGUUCCUCAUAGGAAAGCGACCACCCACAGCAGAUUCCUACCACGGACCGUCCGACGACGAAGUUAAGCAAUGGAGAAAGCGAGGGCGAUAG